AUGAAAGAUUUACUAGGAGGCAAGGGUGCUAACUUGGCAGAAAUAGCAAAGAUCGGCAUACCAGUACCUCCUGGCUUUACUAUCACUACAGAGGCGUGCGCUAAGUUUAAUCAAGAUAAAAAGCUCCCUGAAUCUCUUGUACGCGAUAUUCCCCAUGCCAUCAAUCGAUUAGGCACAAUGCUAUCUAAAAAAUUUGGAAACACAGAAGAGCCUCUUCUUGUUUCUGUGCGCUCUGGUGCAGCGGUAUCCAUGCCUGGAAUGAUGGAUACUAUCUUAAACCUCGGCCUUAAUGACAAAUCUGUAAAAGCUUUGGCGUCUUCUUCCAAUAAUGAGAGAUUUGCAUGGGAUGCAUACAGAAGACUUAUAAACAUGUUCGGAAAUGUGGUAUACGGUAUGAAUCAUCAUACCUUUGAACUGGCGUUAAAAAAAAUAAAAGAGGCACAUAAGGCAAACUCGGAUACCGAUCUCGAUGCUGAGGCGCUUAAAGAAGUCGUAGCUGAAUACAAGCUAAUCUUUAAGAAGCAUGCAAAAAAACCCUUCCCACAAAACCCGCUCACACAAUUACAGGAAGCCAUUGUUGCGGUGUUUAACUCCUGGAACAAUGAGCGUGCCAUUACAUAUAGAAGCAUAAACAAUAUUAAAGGACUCAUAGGAACAGCGGUGAAUGUGCAAUCGAUGGUAUUUGGGAACUUUGGUGAUUCAUCAGGAACUGGAGUUGCGUUUACUAGAGAUGCUUCAACGGGAGAAAAAAUAUUCUAUGGAGAAUAUCUUAUGAAUGCACAAGGCGAAGAUGUUGUUGCGGGUAUUCGUACACCCAAGAAAAUUGAAACGCUUAACUCCCAGCUUCCAAAAAUAUACAAGCAACUCAUACAGAUAAAAGAUAAGCUAGAAAAACACUACAGAGAUAUGCAAGAUAUAGAAUUUACUAUUGAAAAUAAUGUACUUUAUAUUCUUCAAACAAGAAGUGGGAAACGUACAGGAAAUGCAGCAAUAAAAAUAGCAGUGGAUAUGGUAAAAGAGAAGCUUAUUAGCAAAGAGGAGGCAGUGCUUCGAGUAAGCAAUGAACUUUUUGAACAGGUAUUUCAUCCCCAAAUUGACGAUAAGGCAAAGAAGAACAAAAAAGCUAUAGCAACAGGAAGUAAUGCAUCUCCUGGUGCGGCAGUGGGAGCAAUCGUUCUUACAUCUGAAGACGCACAAGCUCUAGCAAAGAAAAAUGUGAAAACCAUACUCGUCCGAGAGCAAACAUCACCAGAAGACAUUGGUGGCAUGAAUGUAGUUGAAGGCAUACUAACAUCAACUGGAGGAAUGACAAGUCAUGCAGCAGUAGUUGCACGAGGCAUGGGAACACCAUGCAUUGUAGGGUGUUCAGCACUGCAUAUAGAAGACGACGCUAUAGUUAUUAGUGGGAAGAAAUUUCCUAUUGGCACAUCUAUUACAUUAGAUGGAUCUACAGGAGAAAUAUACGCAGAGCCACUACCGCUAGUAGAGGCUAAGAUAACCGAUGAUAUAAAUACAUUUCUUAGCUAUGCAGAUGAACUGCGAAAAAAAUCAAAACGUGUAAAAGAACACCCAAGUAGCUUCGCCAUAAGGGCAAACGCUGACACUCCUGCUGAUGCGCGUCACGCACUCAAAUGGGGAGCACAGGGUAUAGGGCUUUGUCGCACAGAACACAUGUUCUUUGGAACAGAACGAAUCAGACAUUUUAGGGAACUUAUACUUGCCUCAGAUAGCAAAGGCCGCAGCAAGGCUCUUAGUAAACUACUGCCUAUGCAGAGAAAAGAUUUCUUUCAAAUCAUGUCAGCUAUGGAAAAACUCCCUGUUACCAUUCGUCUUCUUGACCCACCAUUGCAUGAGUUUCUUCCUCAAGAAGAAUCGUUACAAAGGGACUUAGCAAAAGAACUCGGUAUAGAACCCAUUCAAGUAGCUCAAAGAACGCAGAAUUUACACGAACAUAAUCCAAUGAUGGGGCAUAGGGGGUGUAGACUAGGAAUUACAUACCCCGAAAUUUACGAUAUGCAGGUUCAAGCCAUAACUGAAGCAGUUAUUCAAUGCAAGAAAAAAGGAAUAGAUGCAAAACCUGAAAUAAUGAUACCACUCGUUGGAACCUACCAAGAACUUGAAAUUCUAAGAAAGAGAGCAGAAGCAAUAAUAACAUCUCUUUCUGCAAAAUCACGUGUAUCCAUUACAUGCAAAAUUGGCACCAUGAUAGAAAUACCACGAGCAGCAGUAAAGGCUGAUGAGAUAGCGCAGCAUGCGGAUUUUUUCUCCUUCGGUACAAACGAUUUAACCCAACUUACCUUUGGAUACUCAAGAGAAGAUAUAGCAUCUUUCCUUCCAUACUACCUUGAAGCAGAUAUACUUACUAACGACCCAUUUCAAACCUUAGAUAGUGCUGUAGCACAGCUCGUAACUCUCGGAACUGAAAAGGGACGUUCUGUCAACAAGGGUUUAUCAGUAGGUAUUUGUGGUGAGCAUGGUGGCGAUCCAGCAUCGAUUGCCAUUGCAUAUCAUGCUGGUCUUAGCUAUGUUUCCUGCUCUCCAUUUAGAAUACCAAUUGCUAGAUUAGCUAUAGCGCAAGAAAUCGUACGUACAUCCAAGCAGUCACAACCUCGCAACACGAAAAAAACACAGAGUACACCUGUAGGAGCCAAAAGAAAAAAUAAGUAA